ACGACGAAGCGAACUGGAGAGGGAUUGCCAACGCGGUUUCCUUCGAACGCGACCGGCGUCACGUUGAAGACGCCGGGCACUCGUGCAGCCGCGCUCCACGCCAGUUCAUACUGUUCCACAGCAUUUUACAAUCAGCUGGUGAAACAGUCGGUCGUCGCGAAAGACCGUGGUGAGAUUGCCGAUUCCAACGCGACUAUUCCCGUGCACUUGACGCAAGUGAAUUUAUAACUUUAACUAUUUACCAUUAUUGCGUCGCGACAAUUCCCUGCGUGUGCAUUUUUCGUGCUCUCGUAACAGCUGACUGAACAGCCCUGUCUUUUUUAUUAGAGACUGUAUCAUUGGAACCCAAAUGACCGGAGGUGGGACUAACAUGGCGUACCAUGGUCUCAGUCAACAUGUUAAUUUUGAUGUAAUACCGGAUCCAGGCGAGCGCUUUCGAUUGGAUGAAUUGAUCGGAGAGGGGACAUAUGGUGAAGUAUACGCCGCUUACGAUAAAGAAACCGGUAACAAGGUAGCCAUCAAAAUACUUGAAAAUGUCGCUGACAACAUCGAAGAAAUUGAAGAAGAAUAUUUGGUGCUGAGAGAUUUAAGUCAACAUCCAAAUAUUCCUCUCUUUCAUGGUUUAUUUCUGAAACGAGCGAAGCCUGGUCAAGAAGAAGAUCAAUUAUGGUUCGUGAUGGAGUUGUGCACUGGGGGUUCCGUGACCGAUCUCGUGCAAGGUCUUAAAAAACGCGGCAGUCGUCUAACGGAUGAUCAAAUAGCUUACAUCUUGAAGGAGACCGUCGAAGCUCUGAUCUUUUUGCACAGUAAUCAUUGUAUGCAUCGCGACGUGAAAGGUCACAAUAUCCUCCUCACGGAAGAAGCGCGCGUCAAAUUGGUCGAUUUCGGCGUAUCCUCGCAUCUGGCCGCGACUCUCGCCAGGAGAAAUACAUCUGUCGGAACGCCAUACUGGAUGGCACCGGAGGUGAUAGCCUGCGAGCAGCAAUUAGACUCCUCAUACGAUUCGCGCUGCGAUGUCUGGUCGAUCGGCAUUACAGCUAUCGAGUUAGCCGAGGGCGAUCCGCCAUUGUCGGAAUUGCAUCCUAUGCGAGCACUCUUUCAAAUUCCGAGAAAUCCUCCUCCUUCCUUGAAGAAUUCGGAUUUAUAUUCGUCGGAACUGACGGAUUUCAUAGCCGAAUGCCUGGUGAAGGAUUUGGAGCACAGGCCGUUCGCCGGCGAACUAAGAGAGCAUCCAUUAUUGACGAAGGUGGAACCAGUCGUAGAAAAAAUCAGAAAGCAACUGAGAGAGGAAAUUCGUAGACAGAGAGCGGAGGGUCGUGUUCACCGACAACCGGAAGUAACUACGAAACAUGGUAAAUUGAAGACGGACCGCAAGACGAGACCAGAGAAAAUGUACAUGGAUGAUUUGGCGGCUCUUGACAUGCUAUCGGAAGAGGCUAUUGUCGAUCAAUUACAGCACCGAUAUGAGCAAGCACAGAUAUACACGUAUAUCGGGGAUAUAUUGGUUGCCGUUAAUCCUUUCACUAAUUUGGGUUUAUAUACCGGUGUCGAACAAAAACGGUACAAGGGUCAAGCGAGAUCGGAUAAUCCCCCGCACAUAUUCGCGGUCGCCGAUGCCGCGUAUCAAGCUCUACUUCAUCAACGUCAAAACCAAGCGAUAGUCAUCAGCGGCGAAUCGGGUGCCGGUAAGACGGAAAGCGCAAAUUUACUACUGAAACAACUCGUCUAUCUCAGUAAAGCGCCGAAUCGCAACCUCGAGGAGAGAAUACUUCAAAUAAAUCCUAUAAUGGAGGCUUUCGGAAACGCCACGACCGGCAUCAACGCAAACUCUUCUAGAUUCGGAAAAUAUCUUGAUCUAACGAUGACAAAAGGGGGAAAAGUAACUGGUGCACGAAUCUCCGUAUAUCUGUUGGAGCAAUCACGAGUUAUUGCUCAGGCCGAGGGUGAACGAAACUUUCACAUUUUCUAUUAUAUGUACGAUGGCCUGGAGGCGGACGACCGUCUCUCGGAAUAUUACCUCGUCCCUACGCUUCGAAGAUAUCACCGAUAUCUCACACAUUAUAGUCACACGUCGCAGACGCACAUUGACAAGUUCCAGCAGCUCAAAAUGGGUUUCAAGGUACUCGGAUUUCAGGAUAGCGAGGUAGACACGGUGUAUCGGGUUUUGGCCGCUAUCCUCCAUCUAGGUGACAUUGAAUUCGCCGAAGUGGCAACGCAAGACAAUACUGACAAUAAAAGUAGAGUCAUCGAGACUGUUCCAUUACAUAGAGUUUCGAAACUACUCGGCAUCGAACAGAACGAUCUCUUAGAGGCUCUGACAUCAAACUCGGUGAUGACCAGAGGCGAGACAAUUACACGGAACAAUACGGUAGCCGAGGCUCGCGCGGCUCGCGAUGCAAUGGCCAAGGGUCUCUAUGGCCGGCUCUUCGAUUGGAUGGUCAACCAGAUCAAUUGUUUGCUGUGUUUUAGCCGUUCGCCGAAUUACGAGCCGCUAGCAAUCGGGCUGCUCGACAUCUUCGGCUUCGAGAACUUUCCCAGGAAUUCGUUCGAGCAACUCUGCAUCAACAUAGCUAACGAGCAGAUACAGUACUACUUCAACCAGCACAUCUUUACCUGGGAGCAACAGGAAUACAUGGCCGAAGGAAUACCCGUUGAUCUCGUCGAAUUUUCCGACAACAGGCCGGUUCUCGAUAUGUUACUAAGCAAGCCCAUGGGACUUCUGGCGCUUCUCGAUGAGGAGAGUCGAUUUCCCAGAGCGACCAAUCGAUCUCUGAUCGAAAAAUUCCACAACAAUAUUAAAUCAAAGUUCUACGUACGUCCCAAAUCGGACGCGGUCUGUUUCGCAAUACAUCAUUUCGCCGGUCGUGUGGUCUAUCAAGCCGAAGGAUUCCUCGAGAAGAACAGAAACUUCCUGCCGCCCGAAGUCAUUCAACUAGUACGACAGUCGCAAUACGACAUGGUUCGUUUCCUGUUCCAAUGCCCGAUCACGAAAACCGGUAACUUAUACUCGGUACUGCAGGAAAACGACUCGAGAAAAUCACAGUCGAACCAGAACACAAAGGAACGUUAUUCUAGUCGAGGUUUAGCAUCACAAUCGAGAGCACAGCAGACAGUAGCGACAUACUUCCGGUAUUCUUUAAUGGAUCUAUUACAAAAAAUGGUGUCCGGUUCACCACAGUUUGUUCGAUGUAUAAAACCAAAUGAUUCGAAAAGUCCACAUUUCUUCGACAAAGACAAAGUUGUAAAGCAGUUGAGGUAUACUGGUGUCCUCGAGACGAUACGUAUAAGACAAAACGGAUUUUCUCAUAGGAUACCGUUCAACGAAUUCCUUAAAAGGUAUUGCUUCCUUGCUUUCGGCUAUGAAGAACGAGUAAUUGCUAAUCGGGACAAUUGUCGGGUGCUUCUAUUACGAUUAAAAAUGGAUGGAUGGGCAUUAGGCAAAACAAAAGUUUUUCUAAAGUACUAUCACGUCGAGUUCCUCUCAAAGCUAUAUGAAGAACAAUUGAAAAAGAUAAUUAUGGUCCAAGCAUGUGUUCGACGAUGGCUUGCAAAAAUGAAAUUUAAAAAGCAGAAAUGGCAAUAUGCCGUAUCAGUGGUCACGCUACAGCGUCAUAUUCGUGGAUGGUUAUCCCGAAAACAUACAGAAGAAAUGUUGGCUCAAAAACAUGCGAAAGAGGAAAGUGAAACGCUCAAUUUUAUGCUGAAUGAGGUAAAACGUAGAACGCAAGAAAAUACAGAUAUAAAUACAGAUAUAAAUAAUCGCGAGCAACAAAUGCGUAAAAAUGUAGAAAAGAACAACGCCGCAAUUGUUAUACAAAGCCACUUCCGAGGUUAUACUAUUCGUAAACGAUUUGGAUACGAUUUGGAGGAACGUUUUAAAAGGAUUUUGAACAAUUUCGAUAACAUAUAUGACGGUCAUAAAGCGCUGUUGCGCGAAGGAUUAAAGCACGAGGACGCAGCUCUUAUCGUUCAAAGAUGGUACAAGAAGGAAGAAAAACUAAUCAGAAAGAAACCAACCGUAAAAGAUUCCAUACAUCCUAAGCUACGACAAGCAGAUCUAAUCCAAUUUUCUCAAAAUGUACAUGUAAAGAAUCAAGAGGUACACAAAAAUCUUCGUCGCAACAAACCUGGUAUCAGAUUGGUUGAUAUUGAAGAACCGCCACUAGAUUACAUUCGUCCUGAAGGAUUUAACAUGGUACAGGAUUUAAUAUUGCAGUAUCAUAACGGAACGCAGCUCAGUGAGGAAGAUAGUGUCAAGUAUUAUCGGGAUUUAAAAGAGAAGAUGAGCAGUGGUUCGGAAUUUGAAGACGAUGAAGUUGACUGGGACUCGCCGUUGAUAUGGCUAGAGAAUAACUUUCAUUCGUUGAGAAAUCAGAGAGGCCAUAUUUUGGAGAUGAGUGCCGAAAGGAGCGAUCGCAUCACUCAAAGCAAUUUCGUAAUAGCACCGGAGCAACAUCUAUCAAACAUUUGGCACAAAGCCCUGAGACCCCAUCCGUCCGAUGUAUGCGAAAACAUGACCUCCAUGAAAAGUGUCAGUACAAGGGUUAAUGACCUACGUAACAAGAACUUGCAAUCACAAUCCACAAACGGACAACAUGUAACCGGUUCUCCUCAUAUUCAUGAUCCGUCUAGCCUACGACACACGAUCGACGAUCAAUAUAACGCCAUAAACGAACGGCAAAAUAUCUUUAACGAACAGAAUUUGGUUAACGAUCAUCAUAAUUACGUCAAAGAUUGUCACGCAUCGAUCAAUGGAACAUCAAUUAAUAACCAUAAGACUCUCUCUAAAAUAAAUAAUGGUUUUGCAAGAAACCAAGUAAAGAAUACUGAACAAUUAGAUUUAAAUAACGAUUUGGUAAAUAACAAAUCAGAAAAAACAUCAGACCGAUCGAAUCAUAAACAGAACGGCCAUCCGAUAAAAAAUCAUCAGAGUAACGUGGACCAUAAGAAUGGCAUCAACCGAUUAGCAAAUGAAAACGUAUCGGAUCAGGAACAGCUUCAAAAUAUGGCGACCAAUCUCAGACAACUUCUAAGGCCGACGGUGAUUGAAAAGCCGCAAGAAAGAGUCAAAACCGAAUACGACACGGAAGACAUUAAUGGUCCUUACAACUUUAGACAACUCCUAAGGCCAACCGAAUAUCUUCCGACGGAAUCUUUAAGGAAAAGGAAAGGAGGAAUAGUUUCCAACGGAGUGCCACUACCGAAAGAGAAGAUUCCAGAGAAGCAUGUUAAAAGAAGAGCGCCAUUGGCACCGACCCAAAAUAAAUUGACGAACGCAAAAAAGUAAUGUUACUGCAUCACUUAUUGUAUGUAUGUAUUAUUAGAUAGAAAUAUCCGUUUCCAAGAGAGAUUUAAUUUUACGGAACACAACUUUAUUUUUAUUUAUGAGUAUCUGAUACAAAAGUCACAGUUAAUUAUUGUAAAAUACUGAAAAUUUUUAGUAAGAUGUUGAUACUGUACUGUUAAUAUUUACAUACAUAAGUUGAAGUUCUAUCGUUAUUGCCAUUUAUACAAAAAAAAAAUAAUCUAUAAUAAAAAACUUAAAUGCUAUUAUAGAAUAAUUAGCAAGUGCAAUAUAUCAAGCGCAGAAUAUAAAGCGGAUAAUCAUAUUUUGACGUAUCACACUAAAUUAUAUGAUACAAUAUAAUUCGAUGCAGUAUCUGUCAUAGCGUGCGCAUUAAUGUGUAAAAUGCAAAUAAUUUCCAACGAAAGUAUUACACUCAGAAAAGAAGUGAUUAAUUUUAUUAAACUAUAUUCUGUCUUCUUUGUUUUUUAAAUAUUUAAAAAUGUUUCAGUUUUAAAUAAUGUUUAAUCCUAGAACGCAAGUAUCUUUUUUUUUUCUUUCUUACGCUAAACUGUGGUACAAAAAUGUCAUCUUGUAAAAUGCUUUAUAUAUGUGUUAGAAGGUUUCAAUAAUUAAAUUCAAUUUUCUCAACCGAAAGUUAAUUAAAAAACCACCCUUUUUUCUACAUCACCCUGGGGAAGCGGUCCUGGAGUGUUGACAGACACACGUCACAAGUCACAUCCGGGUUUAUACACGAAUGUACGACAUAAAAUAUUGACCGGUUCAUACAAUCACAAAUGUAACAGACACAUAGAAUAACCCUCAAGGCUAUCCUUCGAAUCGGGACAUCAAGGAUCCAACGAGAACAACUUGAACCUGUUGUUAAACUCACCCGGCUGCCUUCCCAAUCAGCAUCUUGGUGCUGUUGAAGAGAGAGAGAGAGAGAGAAACCCUCGCCUCUACCUCACUAAACUAAUCCUCCGAAUAGUCUCUACAUUCAAUUUCUUUAUUAGAACCUGCUCAAAAGUAUUCCGUGAGAAUCAAACCUCAGAAACGCUCAUUAACAUUAGCGUAAAUGGUCAGUAUUUACAAUCACACCUCUCCUUAAUCAUAACGUAAUUUCUUCAUCUGAAUCCCAGCAAAAGCAAAAGUGAAUUUUAUGGAUGGAGUCUCGAACCAAAAAUAUCGUCUACUACCUCAAUAUCGCAAUUUGAAAUUCUUACGUUCGUACCUCAGUCUAGUGUUCUAGGACUAACAUUAAAAUAUUACAAAUUGAAAUAGUCAUCCUGGUCAAAAGCAGAUCUUAUUGUUAAUGCUCAAUAAUAAUUUGCUAAGUAAAUUUACAAACAUUUUUUUAUUUAAAACGUGAAGAAGAAAUAAAAUAUUUAAAAUGUGUAUCUUAAA